AUGAGAGCCUCGCUAUGCAUUGUGUUCGCGGCGCUGUCCAUUGCGGCCCAGGCUCUGCCAGGUCUCUCGAACAACGUUGAGGAUAAACGCGAGGUCUGUGCCGGUGUGUCCGCUCGGACAGUUCCUGCACGCAAUGCCGUGAUAGUCGACAAUAGCGCCAAGCCAUUUCCAGGUUCGCACGCUACAGUGCAAGCGGGCGUCAAUGCUUUGAGCAAGACAACCACCGAUCCGCAGACAUUGUUCAUCUUCCCAGGCACAUACACUGAGCAAGUGUAUAUUCCGCGACUCUCUUCGAAUCUCACGGUGCAGGGGUAUACCUGCAAUGCCAAGAGCUAUCAACACAACACGGCGACCAUCACGUAUAACCUUGCUUUGAUCAACACCACAAGCGAUGACUUGACAGCGACUCUGCGCCAAUGGAAUCCCAACACCAAGAUCUACAAUCUGAACAUUGUGAACACAUUCGGUCACAUUCCGAAGAAUGGUCAAAACCUUGCCGUGUCAGCAGAAACUGGAGGUCAGGGCUACUACGGCUGCCAGCUGAUCGGGUACCAGGAUACACUGCUCGCAGAAACUGGCACUCAACUCUACGCAAAAAGUCUCAUCGUUGGGGCUGUCGAUUUCAUCUUCGGACAAAAUGCACUUGCAUGGCUCGAGAAUAUCGACAUCCGGACGAUUGCAGCAGGGUGCAUCACGGCUUCUGGCCGCAGUACCGCGGAUAAUCCGUCCUGGUAUGUGAUCAGUCGCUCUACGAUCACGGGCAUCAACGACACUAUCCCCGCGGGCACAAACUACCUGGGCCGACCAUGGCGUUCUUUCGCCCGUGUGGUUUUUCAGAACUCUUUCCUCGGUAAUAUCAUCGCCCCGGCGGGCUGGGAACAAUGGUCCAAAAGUACUCCCAAUAUCGAAAACGUAACAUUUGCGGAAUACAACAACCGAGGUCCGGGCUCGUUGAAAGAAGAAGGACCGCGUGCCGCUUUCAGCGAACAGCUGUCUGAUCCAAUCUCCAUUCGAUCAAUUCUUGGCGAAACAUUUGAAGACGAAUGGUGGAUUGAUACCGACUACCUGGAACCGAGCGACCUGAAGGUCCACAAGACUCAUCCAAGCUCCUCCACAAAUUCGCAAAGUACCAUAGCCUCUCAUACCGAGCCAGCCUCAACUCUACCAGUCAGCUCGACUUCACCAACUUCUGUGAUCACGAAGGCAGUACCAGCAAGUGUGCCCCCAAGCCUCACAGUCUCGGCAUCCACAAGUCCGUCGACGACGCCAGGGUCACCUUGCACUUGCACUGAAUAUGCACAGAUCGCAUCAGCCGUGAAGUCGUGUACUGAAAUUGUGCUGUCCAACAUAGCCGUCCCACAAGGAUCCGCUAUUGAUUUAUCUGGGCUUAAAACCGGCUCGACUGUACGAUUCGAUGGACUCACGACCUUCGCAUUCACCAACUCCUCAAGCUUCGAUCCUAUCCUGAUCGGCGGAAAUGGGAUCACGGUGACCGCGAGCCCUGGUGCCAUCAUUGAUGGGAAUGGUCAAGCCUAUUGGGAUGGGCAAGGCUCCAACGGGGGCGUCCCCAAGCCUGACCAUUUCAUUGCGGUGAAAAAGGUCACCGGCCACUCGGUGAUCGAAAAGCUGCAUAUCCGAAACUGGCCGGUUCAUCUUUUCACAAUCAACGGCUGCUCAGACCUUGUCUUCCAGGAUCUUGUUCUGGAUAACACUGCGGGCAACGCACCCAAUGCCAGAAGUGGGGGCCUUCCAGCCGCUCACAAUUCAGAUGGAUUCGACGUCAGUAGUUCAAGCAAUAUUCUCAUCCAGCGCAAUGUUGUGUACAACCAAGAUGACUGUGUCGCUAUCACUAGUGGCAAUAACAUGACGGUUUCGCAGCUGGAGUGUCAUGGUGGACACGGGCUUUCGAUUGGAUCAGUCGGAUUGAAGUCAAACAACAAUGUUACAAACAUCAAGUUCGUCGACUCUUCCGUGUAUGAUUCUUCGAACGGCUGUCGCAUCAAAACCAACUAUAACGCAACUGGCUACGUCGCCAACAUCACCUACUCGAACAUCCUUCUAAGUGGGAUCUCCACUUACGGCAUCGAUGUUCAGCAAGACUACCUGAACGGCGGACCAACUGGAAAUCCGUCCAAUGGGGUCUUGAUCGAGGGCCUUGUGUUUGAGAAUGUCACUGGGACUGCCACGUCAACUGCGCAAGAUUACUAUAUAUUGUGUGGCGAUGGGUCAUGUUCUGAUUUUGUUUUCAAUGACGUGUCUAUCACGGGCGGCUCUGUGGCCAACAGUUGCAACUUUCCAGCAAGUGGAUGCCCGUCUUGA